AUGGCCUCCGGGGACGGCCCUGUGGGACCAAUUUGGUUUACGAACGAUCGCUGGGACUCACGUUACUAUGGCAAAAUUUAUGUAUUUAGCCCGGAUCCAGUACUGGAAGUACUGGGACACAUUUUGAUGCGUAUGGAACGCGCGCGUGAAAGGUUAGCUUGGGGUUUAAACCCGUUUUUAGCACUGGAAUCAGGUGUUUCGAAAAUAUCUAUAUAUCCUAAAUUCGACGUGUGGUACGAAUGGGACCAUGUGGACUUUGAGGACGUUACUGUCUCGAUAAUUCCUAGGGACGGCGAUCAUCCCAAGAAAAUUACCAAUCUGCAAGCGCUUCGGACCCUUAAAGGUCCCAUGAGUGUAUUGGAGCCUAUUCUGUAUGCCGUUAAAAAAGAUGGGGAAAUUGGCAAAGCUGCGACCAGCGCUAUCCUAUGCCACAACCGAGGCCAAAAGAUCGAGCCAGGUGAAGGUUGCCUGCAAUCAGAAAAUUUAAUUGGAUGGUAUAGGAUACCAGGGCAGUUUAACGGGACAUGUGCGAACUGUCUCCUAAAUCGGCGGUCUUCACUCUGCAGCUACACAGUCCUACGAGAGAAUGAGGAAACUGUCGAAGAAGCGCGGCUUGCCUUCCAAAAUGCCAUCGAUGCCAUCGCCAUCGCCGGGGCUAAAUUGCAAACCGUUCAACAAGCCAUCAUGUAUGGGAAAGAUAAAGAGAUUCAGAUGCAGUAA